UUUUGUUGUAGUCUGUACCAGUGAUCUGAGCAGGACGAUCAGAGGGGAGCAGUGCAGCAGCAGCAGCAGCAGCAGUGGCGGCAGCAGCGGCGGCGGCGGCAUCAGACACGGGCGGGAGGCUGGGACUGUAGGAUGUUGCGUCUGAGCUGCCGAUUAGGCUGAUCAGAGCCGGAGCAACGAUGCAGUGACAGUCUACAGGAAGACACGGGCACACACUCACACACAUACACACACACACACUCACACACAUAGAGUGAGAAGGAGGGAGGGAGAGUAAACAGACGAAUGCGCACGAGAAAUGAUCCGCUCCUAGACUAUGGCACCGUCGGGCUCGCGUAGUAUCAAGAAGGGCUGUCAGAGAGUUUUGUACUGGAUCCCGGUCCUCUUCAUCGCCCUCAUAGUGGCGUGGUCAUACUACGCCUAUGUGCUCCAGCUUUGCAUAGAGUCUAUUGAAGACACGGGAGAAAAGGUUAUAUACUUGCUGGUGUACCAUGUCAUCUUCAUCAUGUUUGUGUGGGCGUACUGGCAAACCAUCUUCACCAAGCCCAUGAACCCCCUGAAGGAGUUUCACCUGUCCUACUCUGACAAAGAGCUGCUGGAGCGUGAAGAUCGGGGAGAGUCUCAGCAGGAGAUCCUGAGGAGGAUAGCCAAGGAUCUGCCCAUCUACACCCGCACCAACUCUGGAGCAAUCCGUUUCUGUGACCGCUGCCAGCUGCUGAAGCCUGAUCGAUGUCACCAUUGUUCAGUCUGUGAUAAAUGCAUCCUGAAGAUGGAUCACCACUGCCCGUGGGUGAACAACUGUGUGGGAUUCUCCAACUACAAGUUUUUCAUGCUGUUCUUGUUGUAUUCGCUACUCUACUGCCUUUUUAUAACUGCGACAGAUCUUCAGUACUUCAUCAAGUUUUGGCUGAACGGCCUCCCAGACACUCAGGCCAAGUUCCACAUCCUGUUCCUCUUCUUCUCGGCCUCCAUGUUCUCCGUCAGCCUGGCUUCACUUUUCAUCUAUCACUGCUGGCUCGUCUGCAAGAACAGAUCCACUCUCGAGGCUGUGCGCGCUCCAGUGUUUCGCCACGGCACCGAUAAGAACGGCUUCAGUCUGGGCUUCAGUAAGAACUUCCGCCAGGUCUUUGGUGAUGAAGUUAAAUACUGGCCUGUUCCUGUUUUCUCUGGUUUAGGUGACGGGUGCUCGUUCCCAACCUGUCUGGUGAAUCUGGACCCGGAGCAGCCUUCAUCACCCACUGGCUCCAACCCUGCCAACAAGGGUGCAGCAGAAGGCCGCCAGUUCCCCUCCAAGCCGCUGAGGGAGUCUCAGAGCCGACUGCUCACCAGCACCCCCUCCUGGUCAGAGAGUGACAGUGCAACAGACAAAGACAGGAAGGGUGCCAGUAACCCAGGGAUGACCAUAGAGAAUGAAGCGUAACCAGAGUCACAGAUGGAGGUGACACCUUCAAGAAAAAGUCUAUGCCACCCCCUCCUAAGUGUUUGUGCCUAUCAGAAUGUGACGUGGUGACAUCAUCAAUAUUUGUUGUUUUCCGUACUGCACCCUGCUUCUGAGAGGUUUACAUGACUGAGAUCAGACUUAUAUAGGCCUAAUUAUCAUCCAUCAGUAUUACUCUUAUUGCAAUCAGCAACAACUCCUGCUGCUAUCUGAAAGUUUUUGGGCUUCAGAACAAAUUGCAUUCCAACAAUCAUGUUUUGUUUGUAUAUGAAUAAGCACAGAGCAGCCAUGGACGAGAUGUUUUGCACUUUGUAUACUAGAAGAACUAUCUGAGCUGCUUUUGUAUGUCCCAGUUCAUGUCACGGAGACAGAAUUAUCUACAUGUUUAUUUGUUAUUUCCGUAGCUUAGCGCAGAGGUAAAUGCUGUUUUGAGUUUGCCAAAUGUUUGCACAUGAAGUAUAGAGUAGUAGUGGUGUUGAUGUGAUGUAACUGAUAUUCCUUUGGCCAUUUUUUUUCCCAGUGAAGUAUUUUGUUUUGGAGGGGGGAGGGGGGGACAGGUGUUCCACCCACCAUGUUGAGUGUCGUGGAAGUUGAAUCGAUGCAUGCUCUCAUCUCAGGAUGUCAACACAAACACACCUUGUCGUAGUGAACUGUACCACAGGAUGUUCUCCCCUUUGCUUGGAUUUAUUUACAAAAAAAAAAAAAAAAGUGUAGUCGUUAGUAAUUACAUUUGAAUAAGGGCUCUUCUGACUUGUUAUAGCAUGAGUGAGGACGUUGCUGUCACACUGUAACACCUGAAAGCUGGUGCUGAGACAGCGUGCGUCCCCUCUGCCAAAUAUCUAAUCAGCUGUCUGGUAGCCUAACAGUACACGUCAAACUGCCGGCCAAAAGCUUCCUGACUGUCUCUGGAGGGCCGGCACACCGGCCGCCAGCAAAAGCCUCUGUGUAAUGCUGCAGAUCUGUUCACCAUCACAAAGCAGAUACUGUGGAGUGUUUUUCUAACUCACAACAUGAUGUUGUGGAUGUACUACAGAGCAAAAAAACAAAGAUAAUCAGCUCCAGCUGCUUUGUGCAGUAUCUUUUCACCUUCUGAGGAUUCUGUCUGUUCUUGUCUCUGACUGGAAAUGAUUAAACCAUCACUGAAAAUUUGGUAGAAUGUAUGCUUGUUUAAAAAAAAAGCUUCAUUGUGACAGUCAGUGUCAAUCUAUAUUUUUCUAUUCUUCUGUCUGUAUGACUCAAGAGACAAUAUGGAUGUGUGAGGCAAUGUACUGUACAGUUGUGAU